ACUGCGAUGUCAGUGGAUUGCCUGGGACAGCGCGCAGUACUCUCGGGCCGCCGUUUCCUCUACAUUGUCAACCUGGAUGCACCAAAUGAGGGUCAUCGCAAGAUCUCCCGACAGAGCAAGUGGGACAUCGGCGCGGUGCAGUGGAACCCACACGACAGCUACGCGUACUACUUUGCAGCUUCGAGCAAUCAGCGAGUUGACCUGUAUAAGUGGAAGGAAGGUAAUGGUGAAGUUUGCACAUCGCUGCAAGGACACACACGUGUGAUCAGUGACUUGGACUGGGCAGUGUUUGAGCCAGACCUGCUGGUCACCAGUUCUGUUGACACGUACAUCUACAUCUGGGACAUCAAAGACACCAGGAAGCCUACAGUCUCCCUCUCUGCAGUCGCUGGAGCUUCCCAGGUGAAAUGGAACAAGAAAAAUGCCAACUGUUUAGCAACAAGCCACGAUGGAGAUGUCCGAAUAUGGGACAAAAGGAAACCCAGCACUGCAGUAGAGUACUUGGCAGCUCAUCUCUCUAAAAUCCACGGUCUGGAUUGGCAUCCUGACAACGAAUAUACGCUGGCCACUUCCAGCCAGGACAACUCUGUCAGGUUCUGGGAUUACCGUCAGCCUCGGAAGUACCUCAAUAUCCUUCCCUGCCAGGUUCCUGUCUGGAAGGCAAGAUACACGCCUUUCAGCAAUGGGCUGGUGACAGUGAUGGUUCCCCAGCUCCGUCGGGAGAACAGUCUUCUUCUCUGGAAUGUCUUUGACUUGAACACGCCUGUCCACACUUUCGUGGGACAUGACGACGUGGUGCUGGAGUUUCAGUGGAGGAAGCAGAAGGAAGGUUCUAAAGACUACCAGCUGGUUACGUGGUCCCGUGAUCAGACUCUGCGGAUGUGGCGGAUUGACUCGCAGCUGCAGAGGCUGUGCGCUAACGAUAUCCUGGAUGGAGUCGAGGAUCUCAUCGAUGGGAUUUCUCAUCUGCCAGAGCCAGACAAGACCCUUCACCCCCAGGACUCUGAGCCCCAGCAUAACUCUGGGCAUGGGGAUGAGGAAGCCUUAAAAGAAGAUUUCCUGAAUGACCCCCUGGUGGGAAAGAAAGCGGACCAAUUGGGGCUGCCUCAAACACUGCAGCAGGAGUUUUCGCUGAUCAACGUGCAGAUCCGCAAUGUCAACGUGGAGAUGGAUGCGGUGAGUCGUAGCUGUACGGUGUCGGUGCACUGCGGCAACCACAGAGUCAGGAUGCUGGUGAUGUUCCCUGUCCAGUAUCCCAAUAAUGCUGCACCGUCCUUCCAGUUCAUCAACCCGACCUCGAUCACUGCCUCCAUGAAGGCAAAGCUGCUGAAGAUAUUGAAAGACACUUCUCUGCAGAAAGUGAAGCGGAACCAGAGCUGCCUGGAGCCCUGCCUGCGCCAGCUUGUCUCCUGGCUGGAGUCUGUUGUGAACCAAGAGGACAGCACAUCCAGCAAUCCCUACGCUUUGUCAAACUCCGUAACAGCCCCCUUGCCCACGUUCGCCCGGGUCUCCAAUGCCUAUGGCUCCUACCAGGACUCUAACAUCCCAUUUCCACGGACCUCUGGAGCCAGGUUCUGUGGUGCAGGGUACCUGGUGUACUUCACGAGACCCAUGACCAUGCACCGUGCGGUGUCCCCGACAGAGCCCACCCCCAGGUCCCUGUCAGCUUUAUCAGCGUACCACAGCGGCCUCAUUACUCCAAUGAAGAUCCGCACAGAGACUCCAGGCAAUCUGCGUUUGUACAGUGGGAGCCCAACACGCAGCGAGAAGGAGCAGGUCUCCAUUAGCUCCUUCUACUACAAAGAGAGGAAAUCAAGGAGAUGGAAAAGCAAACGAGAGGGGACAGAUGCCAACAACCGACCCAUCAAAGCUGCCGGGAAAGUUAUUAUCCAAGAUAUUUCCUGCUUGCUGCCUGUGCACAAGCUGCUGGGAGAGCUCUACAUACUGAAUGUGAAUAAUAUCCAGGAGACUUGCCAGAAGAAUGCUGCCUCGGCCUUGACUGUGGGACGGAGGGACCUCGUACAGGUUUGGUCACUGGCAAUGGUAGCGACUGAUCUCUGUCUUGGACCGAAGUCUGACCCAGAUUUGGAGAUACCUUGGGCGCAACAUCCAUUUGGACGUCAGUUGCUGGAGUCCUUGCUGGCUCAUUACUCACAGCUCCACGAUGUGCAAACCCUGGCCAUGCUGUGCAGCGUGUUUGAAGCCCAAUCCAGGCUACAGGGGUGCCCAAACUCCUACGGCCCCUUCCCUCAGCGUGCCUCCAACCUGGCCUCCCACAGCCGAUACCCCAGCUUUACUUCCUCUGGCUCCUGUUCCAGCAUGUCAGAUCCUGGACUUGGCACCGGAGGCUGGAGCAUAGCAAACAAAGACACGGAGCAGGCCUCCACUCCCUGGUGUGAGUCUUCCCCGGAUGACUUCCGCUACGGGAACUUAAUGUAUCCCGACCAUCGGGAGCGGGAGAAAGACCAGCAUGAGAAAAACAAAAGGCUCCUGGAUCCUGCCAACACUCAGCAAUUUGAUGACUUUAAGAAGUGCUAUGGAGAAAUCCUUUAUCGCUGGGGCCUGCGAGAGAAGCGGGCUGAGGUUCUGAAGUUUGUCUCUUGUCCUCCUGAUCCCCACAAAGGCAUUGAGUUCGGCGUGUACUGCAGCCACUGCCGCAGCGAGGUGCGCGGCACCCAGUGUGCCAUCUGCAAGGGCUUCACCUUCCAGUGCGCUAUCUGCCACGUGGCAGUGCGGGGCUCCUCCAACUUCUGCCUGACCUGUGGGCACGGAGGCCACACCAGCCAUAUGAUGGAGUGGUUUCGCACCCAGGAGGUGUGUCCCACGGGUUGUGGAUGCCACUGCCUGCUCGAGAGCACCUUCUGAGCAGCGGUGGCAGCAGGGCACCUGUGAACCGG